GGGGAACCGGUGGAUCCAGGCAAGCCAUCGGUGCUGGGUUGCAGAUCUUGUAUCGACGACAUCCUGAUCCUCGCCAAUAACUGGGGUCAACUAUGCGAUCGAGUCGAAGGCUUGCUCGAAGCUGUGGUCAAGAGUUUCUGGGGAAUGCCUAAGGUGGAAUAUCUCGGCAAUAAGGUCUCCCACAAUGGACUGGAGGUGAAUCCGAAGGAUCUGUCGGCAUUGACUGAUCUAGCAUUUCCAGGAUCACUUAGAGCCAUGCACUGCUUUAUCGAAGACUACGCGAUCUGUGCGUCAGUUUUUGAGUUGCGAGAAAUCGAUUUUGCUGCGAUGGUGAAAGAGGCUACCCAAGCACAGAUCCAACAAGUGUUAGAAGCGGAGAAUGUGGAUCGAAGACCACAGGAAAAUCAGGGGGUCGACCACCGAAAGACGUUGGAUCUGGAGGCGCAAGAUCUUACCGAAGUGGAUCCGAGUUGGAUCCAUGCCCAUCCAUCGUUCAGUGCGCUCAAAGCCAAGAUCACAACUACUCCGAUCCUACGGCACUUUGAUCCAGAUCGGAGGCCACGGUUGUGGUAUAUGCUAGCGAUUGAGUCAUUUUGGGAUCAC